AUGCUUGUUUGUCGUGUACAAACCUAUCAAUCGGAUUUACCUCGAACUGCCGUGAUCAUUUGCUUCCACAACGAGGCCUGGUCCACACUUCUACGGUCUGUCCACUCUGUGAUUGAUAAUUCACCACGGGAAUUGCUUGCCGAAAUCAUUCUGGUGGAUGAUUUUUCUGAUUUUGAGUUCCUGAAAGAACCUUUGGAGAACUAUAUGAAGCAGUUGAAAAUUGUCAAAAUCGUGCGAACCAAAGAACGCACUGGACUCAUACGUGCCCGAUUAGUGGGGGCACAUGCGAGCACAGCCGAAGUUCUCACAUUCCUUGAUUCUCACAUUGAAUGUACUCAAGGUUGGUUAGAACCAUUGCUCGAUCGUAUUAAAAGCAGUCCUACAAACGUGGUCACCCCGGUGAUUGAGAUUAUCAAUACAGAGGACUUCACCAUGGGAGUGACUCGAUCAAAAGAUGUCCAAGUGGGCGGCUUCAGUUGGGGUUUGACGUUCACAUGGCACGUUGCACCUCCUCGUGAACGAAAUCGUUCCGGUGCACCGUAUUCUCCAAUCAAGUAA